AUUAUCAUCAUCUCUCUCCGGCUCUCUCUCUUCAAGUCUCGAACAUGACAAUCGUGGAGAUGAUAGUGAACAUGGACUGCCAUGGCUGUGAACGCAAAGUUAGAAAGGCCCUUCGAAACAUGAACGGGGUGGAGAGUAUUGAUAUAGACAUGAACAUGCAAAAGGUAACAGUGAGUGGAUGGAUCGAUCAAGAAAAGGUUCUGAGGAAAGUGAGAAGAACAGGAAAGAAAGCUGAGUUAUGGCCAUUUCCGAACAACCCGGAGGUGAUUGGGUACACGCAGGAGUAUGCCGAUAUGUACACUUACCAUAGCGACCCAGCUACUUACUUCCAUGUCGAGCAGCCAGCUGACAUCUCUACGUACAACUACUACGAGCAUGGGUCCAAUGGACAACAACAUGUUACCUAUCAGCACUUGCCUUAUUCGACUGCUGUUGGCGAAAGGGCUACCAUUGCUUUUAGUGAUGAAAAUGUGAAUGCCUGUUCGAUAAUGUGAAUAUAUGUGUACUAGAUUCUUAAACGCUUCAAUUU